UUUAGUCUUGACAAUAAUAGUGUGACGUCACAAUUCGCCAUAUUGCGCUGCAGCCAAAACACAAAGAAAACACAAACGGAAAGUUGGUAUUUCUUUGUCUCCCCGUGAACAGAUUAUCAUAAAAGUACAUCGAUCUGAACUCAAAGAUAUGGCACAGAGUCCCAUUGGUGGGGCAGUGAAAGCUUUACAGCUUGAACUGAAAAAAAUCCGCGAAGAACCAGUGGAGGGGUUUCGUGUUAACUUGAUGAAUGAUGACAGUUUGUUCGAGUGGGAAGUGGCAAUUUUCGGACCCCCUGGCACUAUGUACGAGGGUGGAUACUUUAAGGCCCACAUGAAGUUUCCUCAGGAUUAUCCAUACAAUCCCCCAAGUGUGAAGUUUAUCUCCAAGAUGUGGCACCCUAAUGUGUAUGAGAAUGGAGAUGUAUGUAUAUCUAUAUUACAUCCACCUGUAGAUGACCCACAGAGUGGUGAACUUCCUUCAGAGAGGUGGAAUCCCACACAGAAUGUCAGGACAAUCCUGUUAAGUAUAAUUUCUCUGUUAAAUGAGCCCAACACAUUUUCCCCUGCCAAUGUGGAUGCUUCUGUUAUGUACAGAAAGUGGAAGGAUUCUAAAGGAAAGGACAAAGAAUACGAAAAUAUAAUCAGAAAACAAGUUCAGGCCACUAAGGAAGAUGCGGAGCGUGAUGGAGUGAAUGUUCCCACCACAUUACAAGAAUAUUUUGAGGUGACCAUGGGAAUAAGGGGAUUAAACAGUUUUAUUCAGAAAAAUGAGUGUCUUUUCCUAAAGAGCUACGAGUUGAAGCAUACUGAACUCGUCAUAGAUGGACCAAACAUUUUACAUAAACUGUUUGAAACAAAUACAGAUAUGAAAAACUUGUAUGGCGGGGACUACAACAAAUUUGCAGUCGUUAUUCGAGAAUUCUUCAGAUCUCUUGAAAGUUGUGGAGUUUGUCCAAUUGUUGUGAUGGACGGUGGACAUGCAGUAGAUAAUAGAAAAUUAGCAACAAGAAAAGAAAGAGCCGAGCAACGAUUUUCAAGUUGCAGAAGUGAGUCAUCUGAUGGCUACAAAAAUCUUCCAAUUUUAGGAUACAACUUGUUUAUAGAAGUAUUAAGGGACAUGGGCAUUCAAGUCCGCGCUUGUAAAUUCGAGGCUGACAAAGAGAUAGCAGUUAUUGCUAAUGAAAAAGGAUGUCCUGUUCUUUCUCAGGACUCGGACUUUUAUGUUGUACGUAUCGUUGGAGGAUUUCUUCCAUUUGACCUUCUUAAGAAAGAAAAGAACAAUGACCAUUUCCCAGCAAAAAUCUACCACGUAGAAGACUUUAUUUCUCAAUUUCCUAAACUUGGCGAGGAUGUUUUUCCGCUUAUUGCUAUUCUCUUUGGAAAUGACUAUACAAAAGAUAAAGACUUCCAACCAUUUUUAAAAUCACUUCCCAUACCAAAGACCACCACAUCUCAUGCUUUGGAAGCAGUAAAUAAAUACCAAAUGAAAAUAAUCCAUUGGCUCUUGCAGAUGGAAUCAUUUCAGAUUGCUAAGAACCAGAUCGAAGGAGUAAUGGAAGGGGAAAAUAUAGAAAACAUUCUUACAGUUGUUGUCAAUGCUUACUCCCUUGACCAACCAUCAUUACCAUGUGCUGUUCCUUUGCCAGAAUGGUUUUUAUUGGAUCAUGAGAAUUGUAUCAUUGCCAGUAUUUUUAUGACAAUAAUUACUUCACAAAGAAUAUUUUUGUCAAGCCAGCCUGAAGAUUUUAAGAGUCCAUCUUCUUACCAAUGCUCCAAAUCUUUGAGACAAAUUCUAUAUAGUAUUUUGUUGAAAGAUUGUGGAAAACCCACAGUAGAAGAGUUUGAUAGAAAAGCAGGUAUCCCAGCCUUAACAUUGGAUACCUGUGUACUACCUGUAUACGAUAAAAUUGGACAUUUCACAGUCCCAGGUUUAACUGAGAUUGGGGCAAAUGAGGCAAAAACUGUGGACGACAGGAAAGAGUUAGUUAAAACUGCUUUGCAACUAGGGAGUCAGUUUGAUGCCUACGAAACAGAGGACCCAGAACUGAGUCUUUUGCUUGGAUUGACAUCUUUUUGGUACAAGAAUUCAACCCCCCAAGUUACGGCGUGUCAUCUGUCGUCACUGAUUGUUUGCUGGAUAAUGCUUGGUAUAGAACAUCGUGUCAAAAACCCAACAGGACCAUCGAAAGACAAUACAAUAGGUAGAGCAGUAUCUAGAACUGAUUCACAGGUUUUGGGAAAAAUAUAUGGGAAUCUAACACCAUACUGCGAAGCAAGUACUAGUACAACAAAGGAAACUAGGUCAGACAUAGUACACGCUUUUGCACAAUUUCAGACAUGUGCAAUUUCUGCUCAUGAUCUAAAUUCAAUUCUACGAUUCCCAUUUCCUAGUUUUCAUGUCGAGCAUUUAUUUUUUGGUAAAUUUCUGCAUGAUUUCUGCAUAGCCAUCGAAAUGGAGCCAAACAGAGAUGAAUUUAAUUUUAGAAUCCUAGAAGCUGACAACGGUCUCUCAGAUUUGUACAAAAAUAUCAUUCAAGAAUUCAAAAAAAAAAUUUCAUAAAAAACAAACCUCUUUAGCAGAACUGUGUAUGUUUCUAAGACUUUUGCAUGAAAGUGUCAAAUAUAUACUAGUACAUGUACACGUUUUGUAUUGUCAUCGUAAAAAUUGUUUUGGUUUCUUGAUUUAUCUUGUAUUGAAUAAAAAGUGGUUUACAGUA